AUGCUGUCCAGCCUCCUUGAGGGGGAGUACAAAACGAACUACCCCCCGCGCCGGUUGCCCCAAUCCGAAACAAAGUCCUUCGCCGAGCUAGCAAAUGACCGUGGGUAUACACUCCCCGAGAAAGCAGCAACGAGCGGACGCGAUUCAGACAGCUGUCCAGCUGGCAGGCCGUCCGGAAGCAGAGUGAUUGGGCCGUGCUCGUCAUUUUUCGAGCAGCGAUGGAACCUCGCGGCAGACAACGGCUCCAGCACCUCCCAGUCAAACUCAGAGACAAGCGACCGGUACAAGGACCCCGGGGUGGUCUAUCAACGGCAGCCUAUGCCGUCCAAGACUCACUCCAACGUCCCUCGAGAAACGUACCCAGCGCAAUAUACAACGAGCAAGCAGGCCGACUUCGAACCGACGCCACGUGGCAACCCGCGGGACUACCAGGCGCGCUCCUUGAAACCCGGGCGGUCCGAGCUCGCGCUCGGUACGAUCUCCCCGCAGUUCAGGACGACGUCACAGGCGUUCCAGAGUGACGUCACAGCUGCGACGGCGCGCGUGCGCGCGCAGCCGAAGGCGGGCGCGAAGACGUCACAGCUGCCAACGCACAAUAUCAUCACGGGAGGCCAGCCGCUGAGUAACACGACGCACGACGCCUUCGACCCGAAACGGAGUUACGGCAAGUACGGAACCCUUGAGAGGGAGAAGGGGGCCUCUGCCGCAGAGUGCUUCAGAGAAUUCACCAGAACCCCAUGA